UUAGGGAAAUUAUGUUAAUAAUGAAUUUAAAACUUGAGAAAAAUACAAGAUUUUGUAAACUAAUAUCUUUAGAUUUAUUUUCAUUGUGGAAUUUAUGGAAUAUAGAAUUCAACACAUUAAACUUUCUAGGAAAAUAUCAAGAACUAUUCAUUUUUCUUAGUGACAAAAUUAAUGAUUUAAUCUUAACGACAAUUUGUAAAAAGUACAUCGAACUUGGAUUUAAAUUUGAUUUGAAUACAAGUCAGACAUUAUUACCUAGUCCACCUAACAAUGACAACCAAGAUACUACACAAAAUCCAAUAAAUAUGAUACAAUAUGCCAAUGAAGUAAAUGCGAUGAAAAAUAUUGUACAAGAAUAUAUUAUACAAUACAAAAAUUCUAUAAAUUUGGUGCAACCUACCAAUGAAGUAGAUAAACAGGAUGGAAUUAAAAAAGAUGAUACCACUCAAAAUCCAAUAAAUUUGUCAGAACAUACCAAUGAAUUAAAUGCCCUAGAAGAUAUUCAACAACAUG